UUAAUCCCAGUACCAAAUCCUCAAUGCCUUUGGGGAGAAAAAUUCAAUCUCCAGCCACCAGCAACGUGGUUUCCACAUGGAUAUGAUUUUUGACAUAAUAAAAUAUUGCACAGUUUGCCUUCAUAGAAUGAAUAUUUCUCCCAUUUCUUCUUUCCCUUGCUUUUGUUCUUAUUAAAUCCAAUCUAUAUUAUCUGUUAUCACAGUAAGCAAAGGAAAAAAAAAAAGAGAAAAAAAAGUUUGGGGUUGUUAGAAUCUUCUUUAAUUCUUUGUCUAUUGAAGGCAACCCAGGGCAGAGAUUGUUUUUCCCCAUUGGGACUGAAACUAAAAGAAAGAGAGGCGAAAUGUGUCCUAUGAGGUUCUUGUUGGUGUUUUUCUCGGCCAUUUUAGCAGGGUAUUUCGCAUGGAGGACGGUACGUUCAUCAUCUGAUAUCGACGGCCAAGUUUCUGAGGAUUCCGAGAAGAUUAUUGUAAAAGAUAAGCAAGAAUUCAGUUUCAAAAGGAUGGUUCAGAAUGGAUUCUGGGUAUUUGUGGAUAUGGCUAGUGGGAAGUAUUUGUGGAGGAAUUUCAAGGAACUGAAGAAUGAUAAAAAAAUGAAGAACUCUUAACAGUUUUAACAUAUUGUACAAGUAUGUUGAACUAGUUUUUCCUUUUUCUUUUUAUUGUAUCAAUAAUUGUACCAUAAGAACAUGUGAAUCCUUUCUUGUUCUUCUCAGACAGAGGGAACUUGAAAUAUAAAGAUAUGAAAUCCUCACUUUUUCUA